GAGUAUGCACAUUUAUAGACGCUUUUGAUUAAGUGGCUUUUUAUUCAUUUCAAAAUAGUAUUAUGGAUCUUUUAGCGGAGGAGCUAAUCCAGAACCUCACCAUACUUCAGCAGGCAACGUCACUGAACCAUGCAGAUAAAAUCAAUGAGGCUGUAAAGAUGUAUACAGCAGCCAUGGUCCGUCUUGAUGCUUUGAUACCUAACCUCUCGCCUGAGUUAGCACUUUUAGUGCGCCGGAAUACUGAGGAUGUGGGACGGAUAAUCCACCUGCUGCGGAGUUCGAGCAGCAACCAAGACGAAGUUAGUCCGUAUCCUACAUUUCCGAUCCAGUUUUCACCUGUUUCCAUACCUAUGGAAGUCUAUAAGGCUCCAGAACAGCCUGGUUUCCGCGUCUACUGGCUUAUGCGCUUGCUCAUGCGAUCUAUCCAGAGUGGAGCCUUCUUAACGCCUGAUUUGUACGUCUUCAGGGAGGUGUGGCAUCAAUGUGGUGCUGCUGCAUCGUUGUGCUUCAUUGAGGCAAAGAUAUGCUACUUUUCCUCGCUAUGUAGCGCGAUGGAGCCAUUGACCUCAAUGAGCGCUCCCGGUGAUAUGUCAAAGGUUUUACAAGCGCUUCAAAAGUUUUCGUCCUGUGAGCGGGAACUGCGAGAGACUCUUCAGAGCUGCAUGGAAAAGCGUGAGGAUGCCAAGUCAACUAGGAAAACAAUGUGGAGCCUCUUUUCGAAGAUGAAAAAGUGGCGGCAUCAAGAGGGGGAUAUCGAGGUGGCUCUCUCAUGGGCUUGCAAUGUGCUUGAACAGGCUCAGUUGUUUGAGCAUUGGUAUAUUUACUUCACUCAGGCCACUCUUUUCCGAAACCGUAUGUCGCAUCAAGUGAAAGAAAUAAUAAACACUAUACAACUCAUCACUACACAGCUCUAUAAAGGCCCAUGUAGUCUAUUGUUGCAAGACAUGAUCACACUCGUGCAGCGCUUUCAAUGCAAAUGUCGUAAGAGUAUUGUCCAUUUGCUACCUGUUGGGGUGGAGUUGGAUCCAAGCGGCUUGUAAACUGUAUUGUCUUCCUCCAGGUUGUGGCAUGCAAACUCUGGUAAACGACAGGAGUGGGACAGCUAGCCUGCUAUAAGAGUGGUGUGGAGUUGGAGAAUGCCAAUGGCAGCUUAGUUUAUCGAAGGCUUGUCAGCCUCAGCUGAGUGUUGCUUAGUUCUAAACCAGACAAGGAUUGCUUGCAUCCAACCUUUUUUAACAGUGUCUAUAAAUUUCCGUGGAAUAUUCUUGGUUCAGCAAAAAAAAAGCUUACACAAUAUCGAACUACUAUUUCAGGGCACUCGCGUUAAAAGUAGGCCAUUGAGGCAAGAGUUAUUGUCUUUUUCAUUCGCUUUUGCCUUUACAAACUUAGGUUUUUAAACCUUCCAGUUCAGAGCUUUCGACUAAGAGGCACGAUAUCAAAAUCCCUCUCCAUCCCCCUUCAAAUUCGCAAACGUCUCUUGGGGGAGCGGCGGCCGAGCAGGGACUGUCCCCGCCCCGUACUAACGCCAAGUCGCCUCCGUGGUAAUAUUUUCGCUGUGUGUAAUCCAGGGGCCUCUUUCUUUGGCUUCUUUAAUACCCCAAGCCGUUUUCCCUUUGUCAUUAUGCUACGGAGAUAUCUUAUCCCCUUGAAUGA